AUGGCGACAGCUUCUGAGCCUGUCCCUGCAUUAACUGGCCUAGCUUCAGAGAAACCAGGGGAGAUUAUCAAAGUAAAGGUUAAGGAAGAAGACGGUAUUUGGGAUCACACAUCCCCCACCGAGCAGAGCAGUGUGUCUCAAACCAGGGAGCUCGCUCGUUAGUGCUUCAGGCAAUUCUGCUAUCAGGAGACCCCUGGACCCAGGGAGGCCCUGAACCAACUCCGGAAAUUUUGCUAUCAGUGGCUGAGCCCAGAGAUGCACACCAAGGAACAGAUCCUGGAAUCGCCGGUGCUGGAACAGUUUCUGACCAUCCUGCCUGAGGAUCUCGGGGCUUGGGUGCGGGAGCAUAAUCCUGAUGUGCUGGAAGAUUUGGAGAGGGAGCUUGAUGAACCCAGGCAGCAGGUUCCAUCAGGCACACUUGGGCAGGAAGUUCCUAUGGAAGAAAUGACAUCUCUGGAUAGUCCAAAGAAGUCCUUAGAUACCCAGCACCAUCCUAUGGAGGAUAGAAUGGCAUGUGAAUCUCCAGAGCCAUGUCUUCUUCAAGAUAAUGGGUCCUUUUUGUGGCUUUCUAUGAUGUCCCAAGGCAUGGGUGAUGAUAACCUCAGUAGCUUAGAUGGUCAUGAAACAGAAAUUGAACCAGAAAAUAUGAGAGAAAAGUUCUUCCAAAGCUUAGCUGUACUACUGGAAAUCAAAAGUAAUAACACUAAGAUAUUUUCUAAAGCAAAGUACUGCCAAUUGACAAGGGAAGUGAAAGAGGCUAAAGCUAAGGCCAAAAAGGACCCCAUUGACUACCGUUGCUUGACUUGAUUUGAUGUGAUCCUUGUCCAAGGAAAUGAGAAACUGAUUGUAGCUAUAAAUGGAGAAACAGGUAAAAUACAGUAUUACUUACACAGUGAGGACUUAUUUGACAUUCUACAUGAUACACAUCUCAGUAUUGCACAUGGGAUGUGUAUGGAAAAAGAAUUACAAGCACAAUACAAGAACAUCACAAAAGAAGUUAUCAUGUUAUACUUGACACUAUGCAAACCAUGCCAACAGAAAAAUUCAAAAGCUAAGAAAGUUCUAAUACCACAGCCACCUAAGGGAUUUAACUCAAGAUGCCAAGUGAAUCUUAUAGACAUGCAAUUGAAUCCUGAUGGGGAGUAUAAAUUUAUUAUGCAUUAUCAAGACUUGCGUACAAAGUUAAGUUUUUUGAGGUCAUUAAAAUCUAAAAGGCCCAAGGAAGUCGCACAUGCUCUUUUAGAUAUCUUUACAAUUAUUGGUGCACCCAGUUUCCUACAAUCUGACAAUGGGAGGGAAUUUUCAAGUCAGAUUAUUCGUGAGCUCAGUAAUAUCUGGCCAGAGUUGAAAAUUGUUCAUGGGAAGUCUCGGUCUUGUCAAAGCCAAAAUUCUAUAGAAAAAAUGACUGUGGAUAUCCAAAACAGGAUGAUCUCCUGGAUGCAAGCUAACAACUCUUCACACUGGGCUGAAUUUUUGUGGUUCAUUCAGAUGACCCAAAAUCAGCCUUAUCACAGAGACAUGCAGCAGACUCCAUGUGGAGAUACAUCUAACUCUGAAGCAAAACUAGGCCUGUCUCAUUCUCAGUUAACUGAAGUAUUUGUUGCCAGUCUGAAUACAGAAAAUGAGUUCGAACAAGCUGACAAAGAGUUAGAAAAUACUCUAAGAUCCCAAUAUGAAACUGGAGCCAAUAGCAGUGAUAUUGAAGAGACUCUUUUUAUUACUCCUAAAGUAGUGGAUAGAAGCCCUCCUGAAAACAGGCAAAGAUUUUUAUCUUGUGUCGUUUGUGAAAAAGAAUGCACAGGUGCUAAUAGUUGUAUAUCAUGUGAUGGAAAUGUCCAUGCAAUCUGUGAAGUGCCCGCUCAAAGCAAGACUGAUGACUAUGGCCACAGAAUAACUUGUAGUCUUUGCCAUGAGGCCACUACAAUAAAAAGGAAACAUGAUGAGACUCAGAGAAGUUUCACUGUUCAACCAUCCAAAAUGCUAAAGGCUUCAGAGACACCAUUUUCACCGAACAAAACAGGAGAUUGGAUGGUGAAACAAUGUUCACUGGCCUUUUCUGUCAAGAAGAAACAUACCUUUUCUGAACAUAGUGGCAGCAGUAGUAAAAGAAGGGGUAACAAUGGAAGUCAUUCUCAAGAAAUGAAAACCAAGAGAGUGCAUUCUAGUUUUACUCGGAAGUAUGACCCCUCAUAUAUUGAGUUUGGUUUUGUAGCUGUAAUUGAUGAUAAAGUGCUAAAACCACAGUGUAUUAUUUGUGGAGAUAUAUUGGCUAAGAAACCAUCAAAACUUAAGCGGCAUUUAUAUUCAAAACAUAAAGAAAUAAGUUCACAACCAAAAGAAUUCUUUGAAAGAAAGAGCAGUGAAUUAAAAAGCCAACCAAAGCAGGUAUUCAGUGUUUCACAUAUAAACAUUAGUGCUUUGCGGGCUUCUUAUAAAGUAGCACUUCCAGUUGCUAAGUCUAAAAUACCAUACACAAUUGCUGAGACACUAGUGGAAGACUGCAUCAAAGAAAUUUGCUUGGAAAUGUUGGGUGAAUCUGCAGCAAAAAAAGUAGCUCAAGUGCCGCUUUCCAAUGACACUAUAGCUCGACGUUUUCAGGAACUGGCUAAUGAUAUGGAAGACCGACUCAUAGAACAAAUAAAGCUAGCAAAGUGUUUUUCUUUGCAACUUGAUGAGUGCAGAGAUAUUGUGAACAUGAUCAUUCUUUUAGUAUAUGUGAGGUUUGAACAUGAUGAUGAUAUAAAGGAAGAAUUCUUUUUUUCAGUUACUUUGCCUACAAAUACAACUAGCUCAGGAUUAUAUGAAGCUGUGAAGAAUUACAUUGUCAACAAAUGUGGUUUGGAAUUUAAGUUUUGUGUAAGAGUAUGUUCUGAUGGUGCAGCUUCAAUGACAGGAAAACACUCUGAAAUGGUUGCCCAGAUUGAGGAGCUUGCUCCAGAAUGUAAAACAACACAUUGUUUCACUCAUCCAGAAAAUCUUGCUAUGAAAAAAAUAUCAGUUGAACUAAAUAGCAUGCUUACUGACAUAGUAAAAAUUGUGAAUUAUAUAAAGGAGAAUGCAUUAAAUUCAAGGUUAUUCUCUUUAUUAUGUGAUAAUAUGGAAACUGAUCAUAAACAACUGUUCUUGCGUGCUGAGAUGCAGUGGUUGUCACAGGGAAAAAUUCUGUCAAGAAUAUUUGAAUUAUGAAAUGAACUCUUAGUGUUUCUGCAAGGCAAGAAGCCAGCUUGGUCCCAACUUUUUAAAGAUGUGAAUUGGACAGCUAGGCUUGCUUAUUUGUCUGAUAUCUUCAGUAUUUUUAAUGAUCUCAGUGCUUCCAUGCAAGGAAAGAAUAAAAUAUGUUUUUCAAUGGCAGAUAAAAUGGAAGGACAAAAACAAAAGUUAGAAAUGUGGAAAAGCAGAGCUUCUAGAGAUUGUUAUGAUAUGUUCCAUAAUUUAACAAUGAUUAUUAGCGAAGCAGGUCAUGAUCUUGAUACUGUACAUCUGAGGAAAGUUACCAAUAAACAUCUAAAAAAUUUGUUAGAAUAUUUUAAAUUCUAUUUUCCAUCAAAAGAAGAUCCACGCAUAGGAGACUCAUGGAUCCAAAAUCCAUUUCUUACAUCAAAAAAUAAUUUAAAUUUGACUGGAAGUCUACAGGAUAUGUUCUUGCAGCUGGCAACUGAUGAAGGAUUGAAGAUUUUUGAAAACACAGCAUAACUUGCUUCAUUUUGGAUAAAAGUUAAAAGUGAAUAUUCUGAGCUUGCCAAGAUUGCUUUAAAAUCUCUUCUUCUAUUCUCCUCAACGUACCUCUGUGAAACUGGUUUCUCUACAUUAAGUGUUAUUAAAACAAAACACAGAAACAGUUUAAAUAUCCAUUAUCCCUUGCGAGUAGCACUGUCAUCGAUUCAACCUAGAUUAGACAAAUUCACAAGCAAGAAGCAAGCCCAUCUGUCACACUAA